AUGGUCCCGUUUACCUACCUGAGCACGCCAUUCACACACGGUGAUAGCGAUGUGAAGGUAACAACCCUGGGACGAGUUCUACAACAGUUGAACUCGGCCAGGCAAAUGCGACGAUCCCUCGAAAUGGGGACCGCCGCACGCGAUACCGCCGUGCCGAAGAGCGCUCAAGCUCGAGCACAAGCGAUCGCGACCGAAUUGCUCAUACGAGCAUGCCAUGACCAGAAGAACGAGUGGAGGUCGGAACUAGAGGAAAUGAGGAAGGGAUUCAUGCCCGAAUCGAUAAAGAAGACACUAAGUGAAAGUGACGAUGACGACGGCGACGACGCGGCCCUACCCAUGUGGGUAAAUAGACUGACCUUCUCGAUAGCGAACGCAGAAAUCGCGAGACUGAAGAAGACCCUAGGCGAGGGAGACUCGCUAAAGUUAUCACUCGAGAGGGAGGAACAGACGGAGCUACAUCCCCUCUCGAGUCUGAUGACAGCUUACUCGGCCGUGUCGCUGACACGCGCGCGAGUGAGCGGCGUCCUUACUCGGCUCAUGAAUGUCCGAGUUAAGAGAAGCGGCGAGGGCUCUGCCACCAGUUUGUUAGGUAUUCUUAGCGAACUGGAAAGGUACUACGUCGUCUGUGACAGCGUACUGGCAUCCCUCGACCUCGAUCCUCUGUCGCCGGGGGAUCGAGUGAGCAUCGCUUUGAACGUGUUCGAUACAACGAGGCUGAUGACACUUUUUCGUGACUUUGAACGAAGUAAAUCAGUUCUCUCGAAUGCGGAUGGAGAAGUGGUCGAUCUAAAGCAAUUACUGGAUCACCUCCGCCUUGCGCUCAAGACGGAGAUCGAAGACAAAUCAUCCGCGUAUCGCGAAUUGCCAAUGAUCGCCGCGGCGAUCGCCCCCCGCGGCCCACCGAGGAGGAGAGACAUGGACUCCAAGAUGGACAGGUUCGCGGCAUGGAUCAAGAAGAAUCCGGGUAAGUGCAUGUCGUGUGAAGGCAUGGGCCACAUUCGACGCCAAUGUACCGCACCUCUCCGGAUCGGGUUACUGUCGGACGAUAAUCCGCUCAGAUUCACUAACGACAGAACGACGAAGACGCCGAAGUCGGCAAAGGGCGCGUACGCGCUAGGCCCGCUCACAGCGCUCACGACAACUCCGACAACUCGAACCGACUACAUUCUGGACACGGGUGCGGCAGUUUUCAGUUAUUUGCCCACCAUCGAGGGGAUCGAUCGCAGAACUCUCGUCAAGUUGGAAGCACCGAUACGUAUCUCGGGCGUCGGCGGCACUACCGUCGUUACACAUGUCGGAAUAGCUUACGCGAACGUUCGCGCAUUUGACGGAGCUCAUUUUGGCUACCGCACCAUCCGUUUCGACGCUGCCGUCGUACCAUCAUUGCAUACAUCCGGAUUGGGUUUAAUCGCAACUCAAUCCUUCACGCACGACGGCGGUUUUCACUCGUUGAUCAACAAGGCGGGCGAUCUUGUGGUCCGACUAGGAGCCGUUGGGGCUCUGCGAGAUCCGAGGUAUCGUGUGGAAAUGACGGCGAAAUUCAAUGGGAGGCGAUCCCAGAAUCAGCUUGAUCUGACCUGGUGCUCGCAAUCGGACAUCGAAAAGCUCGCACCGUGUCAUGAAAAAAACUUGUCGCUCCGACGCCGGCUGUCGGAGAUGUUGGAGUGA